AUGGCUGCAUAUCGUCACUUUAUUCCUCUCAGUUAUCGGCUACGGCCUCGGUUAACUCCUUAUUCUAGUAUCAAUACACUCAUUUAUAAUAGCAAAGUACUGCAAGCGCUUACUCCAACUGUAGUCAUGGAAAGUAAACACGCGGAAUUACUAAAUGAUUACAUACUGGAUUUACACUUGCUCCCAGUUGAUGACAAAGAUGCGAGAGAUUUUAAGAAUGCAAGAAAAGCGGGUGAAGAUGCUGCUGAUUAUGUCAUAGAACAUUGUAGAAAAUACUUGCCGCUAAGAGAAAUGAAACCGUAUAAUACCAAUUUACUAUCCAAGAGAUCCAGGAAUAGAAUUGGUUUCAAUGUUUUUGGUUUGAAAAGAUGCAUCCGCGAUGGAGAUGUCUAUAAAGCCAGAAAAAUAUAUCGUGGAAUAACCAGGAAAGGUAGAGAAAUACCAUUAGCCGCUCAGAACGAAUUACUGGAAUUGUACGCCCUUAAAGGCAUAGGAGUUACCAACAAGGCGCCUGAUUUUGUUUCUGUUAUGGUUGGUCAUUGA